AUGGCGCCUCCCUCUCGCAAAGAAUCCGAAGCUCAGGUACGAUCCUGGGGCUUCUCUCACGUCUUUUCAUGGGCUGAUGGCCCAAACGCACAUUACCCUCCCCACUCCCAUCACUGCCUUACGACCCAUCUGAUCCGCCGAGGUACACUUACAAUUACGUAUCCCAAAGAUGAGACGCCGACCAAAGAGACGUUUGGCGUGGGCUCUAGAGUAGAUGUUGAGGCCGGCAGGGUACACGAGGUUUGGAUGAGUGACGAGGGAUGCGAGUAUAUUAUUGGAGAAUAG